GUUACAGCGUCGGACGAAAGCGGCAGUUGUGGUUGAAGCUUGACGUAGAUCAGACAGGAGGUUCUAUUCGUGUGCAUGUUUUAAUCUAGGAUCUCUAGGCUGAAUAGAUAGAUAUAUAUAUAUAGGUAGACAGAUAGAUAGAUAGAUUGACAUGCCGGAUGUGAAGGUUAGCUGGUUAUGUAGUUAACUAGCUAGUUAAGGUGAAGUCUACAUACACGUCCUUGCCUUGACAUCCAGCUUUACUGUUCAACAACAACAUUAACAUCAGCUGAACACAAAACUGAACACAACACACAAACAUGCGGCUUUUAAUACUGAGCUUGCGCUGGUGAUGAUGUCACUCCACGGAGGUCAUCAAGAGGCCUGAGUCAUGAACUCCGUAACGCCCAGCGGCGCCCAGUACGCGAGGGGUGGAGCUCUUCACAGCGACCUUGUGGAUGGGAGGAGGCAGGUCUUGGAGACGAGGGGGCAUUUCGGGAACGGGUCGCUUGCUGACGGGGCAGGAGAGCCCGAUGAGGUGGAUAAGCUCAAACUGAGGCUGAUGUCGGCGUGGAACAACGUUAAAUACGGCUGGUCGGUAAAGAGCAAAACCGUCUUUAACAAAACAUCGCCGCUGUUCCUGAUGGGACAGUCCUAUGUACUCAACACUGAAGAGGAAGUGGAGCGUUUCCGGCUGGCGUUCAGCUCACGAGUGUGGCUCACCUACAGGAAGGAGUUUGCUCAGCUGGAGGGCUCGAACCUGACGUCGGACUGCGGCUGGGGCUGCAUGCUGCGCAGCGGACAGAUGCUGCUCGCUCAGGGGCUCAUGCUCCAUCUUCUGCCUCGACACUGGAGAUGGCCGGACUGUCCUCAGCUGGCGGAUGUGGAUUUCGAGGUGCUGAGACCUUGCUCUCCGUCUCGUCCCAGCGGUAUCUCCAUCCCCUCCUUCAGCUCUAAGUGGAGCACGUCUGCGUCCGAGAAACGUCCGUCCUCAGAGGUCCCGAGCGAGGUAUCGAAACCCGCUGAGACGAGACGUGACGCGCGGACCGAAAGCCUCCACCGCAGGCUGGUGUCCUGGUUCGCUGACGAGCCGACGUCGCCCUUCGGGGUUCACCGGCUGGUCGAGCUGGGCAGGGAGUCAGGAAAGAAGGCUGGAGACUGGUACGGACCCUCACUCGUCGCACACAUCCUGCGGAAAGCUGUGGACAAGAGCUCAGAGUUGGACGAUCUGGUCGUAUACGUGGCUCAGGACUGCACAGUGUAUAAAGGGGACUUGAUGCGGCUGUGUGACUCCGGUAACUCCGGCUGGAAGUCCGUCAUCGUCCUGGUCCCGGUGCGUCUGGGAGGCGAUUCACUAAACCCCGCCUACACGGAAUGUGUCAAGAAUCUUCUGAAGUUGGACUGCUGUAUCGGGAUCAUCGGCGGGAAACCCAAACACUCGUUGUUUUUCAUCGGCUUUCACGAUGAGCAGCUGCUGUAUUUAGACCCACACUACUGUCAGAUGGUGGUAGACGUCACACAAGGAGAUUUCCCGCUGGAGUCCUAUCACUGUAACUCUCCGAGGAAGAUGAACUUCAGUCGCAUGGAUCCGAGCUGCACUCUGGGUUUUUAUGCUCACAGUAAGAAGGAUUUGGAGUGUUUGUGUUCAGCUGUUAGUGAGGCUUUGUCUGCAUCUAAGGAUCGCUACCCGAUCUUCACGUUUGUGGAGGGCAGAGGGCAGGACUACAGUCUGGAGGGGUACAGUGGAGGCAGCUCUGAGCCCAGUGCCCACAUCCUGCCCCGUGGCACCGUGAACAGAAGUAGUGCAGAAGGCUUUGUGUUUCUGUGACGACUAGAUCUGCACUCGGACUCAAACCUGUGUGAUUGUGUGUGUGUGUGUGUGUGUGUGUGUUGGGGUUUGUAGAAAAUGUAAUAGAUAUAGAUGUUGAAGCUUGUUUUAUUUUUAGGGACAAACCACUCACUACAGUUUAUCCCUCUCUGUCUGUCUCUAUCUCUCUCUAUCUUUCUCCCUUUUUUUUACAUAUGAAUCUGCACUGUUUGUCGUCCAUGUUAAAGAAAACGGGUCGAUCAUGUAACGCGAUGGUGAGAACAAGCUGCUGUCAUCAUGUCUCUAACCCGGACCUGCUCCUCUCUCUGUACACGUCACUGACUCCAGUCUCAUUAGUGAUUGAUAUCGGCGCUGGUGUGGCUCAGUCCCCACGUCCUCAUGCGAUAAGCCUCUUUUGCAAAGCUACCGAUCAUUCCUCCUGGACUUUGUUCCUCUCAUCAUGUUUCAUCCUGAGAUCACAGGAUUGUUGUCUGACGAAGUGAAACACUGGAUCACACAAAACAACACUGGAUUCUUCUUUUUUUUUUUUUUUAAAUAAAAUAAAUGUCUGUAUCCGA